AUGAUUAAACAUUGGUUUAAUUUAUCGAAAAAGAGGUUUGGAAUCGAAAAUGUUUUAUACAUAUUUCUGUUCACUGAGGGACCUAUUACAUUUGGGCCUGGGAUAAUGGCAUCACUUAAUCUCAAGGAAAACAUAAGAUCAGGGAAUGACAUUCUGCGUGGAAAGGUAAAAUAUGUGAGAGAAUCAAAGAGAUAUUUUGAUGGACUAGCAAAGAGGAUGGCCAAUCUGGGACUGUCGAUUGAUAUUCUGUCGGCCACUCUCAACGAUAUAGGAUUAUACGAAAUGCAGUCGUUGAAAAACCUCACUAGUGGUUUGGUGAUUAUGGCACAAGAUUUUGAUCAUGAUAUUUUCACUACAUCGUGCGAGAAGAACGUUCGAUCAAAAAAUGGCGUAAUGGAAAUGAUCUUUAACGCUAAAUUUAAGAUACAGACGAAAGUACUUAUGUACAGGUCUGGUAUAGGCCUUGGUUCGCCUUUAUUGAACCAGAAGAACGAGCAAAUCGGGUGGAAACUAGGAUCGCUGCACAGGAAUAGCAAUGUAGGAUUUAUUUUUGACUGUAAAACCAAUAGGCGAGAGGAUCAAGUCAGCUACAUACAGAUAAUCACACAAUACCAGCAGAGCGAUCGCAAGUUGAUCACUCGUGUGACAACGGCAGCAAGGGUUGUCGGGAAACUUCAGAAAUUUAAACAAGGGUUUGAUCAAGAGGCUGCACUAAUUUUGCAGGCUAGAAUGUUCACGUUCGGGACACAUCUUGAAGAGGACCUGGAUCUGGUACGCCGUAUAGACCGAUCACUGAUUCAUUUCGUAAAAAAAUUUGGAGAAAGCAACAAUCACUUGAAGUUAAGUUCAUCAAUGACGUUGUAUCCUAACUUCCAUACAACGUAAAACAUCAUUCGACAGUGUUCAUUGCCAUAUGUGAUUGACUCACGAGCAGUGUGC